UUUCCCAUAAGCACGAUACUAUAGUGCCGUCCUGUUUGAUAGUGCGGUACAUCGGGCAUUUAAUAAUAAUACUGAUAAAACUGAACAAAUAAAACAGAGUUCACUCACAGUCAGAUAGGAUAUAUAUUAGUUUUACUGGUUUAAUUUAACCAGUAAAUCCUCCAUUCUGACCCUGCAGUUCAACAAAACGACGAGGCGUUCAGCAUCGAAUUCUAAGGGACAUUUAACAUAAUUCUAAAUGCAUAACGUAAUAGUCAAACGUAAUACCGUAACAAAAUAACCAGUAAUCAAACAGUUAACAUGUGUAAGAGGCGGGCUCAGUAACCCGAGUUAUCCAAUCAGGUUAUCCUUUGUCCAUUUCGGCAAGGGGUUUAUGAAUAUGCAUGCGGGAAGAAACUGAACAAGACAAUUCGUAUUUACUUCGUUGUUCCGGUAGGACAGACUGGUGGGAAAGUACCGAGAUGAUAGUGGCGGUGUACUGACACAUUAAUAGGUGACCAUGGAUUUGUCAGGCAUCAUUAAACGCGCUGAAGUGGUCUCUCGAUCAUUUGCACUGUGUACCACAACAUUGUGUUAAUUAAGGUCGGACUUCAAACCUAGGGCCUUUUCUGUUACCAUUUCUUCACUUUGUGGUUUGAACUUGAUUUACAUCAGCCACGUUCUGCUAGACCGUGCAGUACCUAUAUUUAUUAUUUAUGUAUUGAUCCAGAGUAAUAUUUGUACAUUUCUGAUAACGUGGAGACCGUAAUUCUUCUCGUGCAAUAAUUAUAUUGCUUAAGGUUGCUUGGCUUAUAUGUUAUAUCUGCUUGAAUUACAAAUAGAUAGAUAGAUAUAUAUAUAGAUAGAUAGAUAGAUAGAUAGAUAAUUUGUUGUUGUGUUUUUAUAUUUACAGUAAAUAACACUACCGUACCGUAACGUUUUGUACAACACGUGUGUCUUUUUCCCACCAUCAAAAUCUAAGUUUGGACAGUCCAAUUUAAAUGGUCAAUUUUAAUUCAAACCGUUAGUGUGUGGCUGUUUUUACCACGAUACCAGAAUAAUUAAAAAAACAAAAAACAGUUGAUGAUUCGCCAGGAAGUUAAUGAAAUAGCAUCCCUGCUGUCUUGUGCACAUCUUCAAGACGAGAAGCAGAACAUGAGCAGAUAUACCAUCUACACCCUGUUGGAUUGGGUCUACGGGGGCGUAGACCCCAAGUUUGAGGGAAAUGGGGGGCCCGAAUGCGCGGCGUUUCUCUCAUUCAACCAGCGGCUUGGCGAGAGCGUUGUUAUCAUCUUGGCAUCCGCCAUAGAAAUCCUAAUAGCGCUGAGGAAAGUCCAGCAGAGUAAAGAACUGAAAGAAAUGACCAAGGCGGCGUGUGAACACAAGAAAGAGGAAAGCUUCGGAAAGAACCUGCUUCUGGUAGCGCUGUGUCUCACCUUCGGCGUGGAGCUCGGGUUUAAAUUUGCCACCAAGACUUUGAUCUACCUGCUGAACCCAUGCCACGUGGUCACUAUGGUGCAGAUUUUCCUCCUUGCUUGUCCUCCAGGCAGACUAGCAACAAUCGUCUUUAGGAUGCAGGUACACAUGCUCAAUGGAGCGCUAUUGGCCCUUCUGUUCCCUGUUGUCAACACCAGGCUGCUUCCCUUUGAGAUGGAGGUCUACUAUAUCCAGCACAUCAUGCUGUAUGUUGUGACAGUCUACCUGCUCAGCAAAGGAGGUGUGUACACAGUAGAGCCUCUAGGGGAUUUCUGGUGGGCUCUGCUUUCCUCUGGACUCCUGUUCUUCUAUCACUUCACUUUCCUGCAGACCCUGGGACUGGUGACCCAAGUGAAUCUGAACAACAUGCUGUGCCCGGCCGUCUCAGACCCCUUCUACGGGCCCUGGUACCGGGUGUGGGCCACAGGACAUCAGACCGCCCUGACGCUGCUCCACGGGAAGAUCCUGACAGGGCUGUUCCACUGCUCCGUGCCCUCCUACCAGUACCUUCUAGACUCGGUCAGACUGAGGACUAAGAAAAUCCACUGAGCCUUGGCUGGCUUCCACACUUUCAUUUAGAAAAGAAACAACAAACCAUUUCACUACCAAAUAUUGCUUUACAGAUUUAGGGUAUUUUUUAUUUAAAUUAAUUUAUUUCACGGUCUGGAAACUUAAAGCAUCACUGCCUAAAUUUUUGGGGGUAUGCAGUUUGCUCUUGGUAGUGAAAGGUGUAUUGGUUUUUUUAAUGUGCUUUAGAAUGACUUGCAGCAGUUCACUUUUUUAAGGGAAGUCAUUCUUGCUGUUCAGAAUGCUCUGUGCGGUUUUGUUUUGUUAAGCUGUGAAAUGGGCCAACGCUCCAUCACGGGGUCCAGUAGCCUCAAUUGUUGUUUUAAAUGUUUUUCGGGGUUUUUUUGCUACUUAGUUUUCGUGAAAAAGACAAGGGGCAUAGUUAUUUUUCAGCUCUGUAGAGACAGUGCAUUAAACAUGACAUGGAUGACAAUCCUUCGCCAGUUUGAGCAGAUUUUCACCAAUUUUUGUUGGGUCCUGCAUCAGGGAUUUGCAGUCUGAUCCAAAGCCAGAACUUCAAGCACCUCCCUGUAUCUACUGCAGUUUUGUUGGGAAGCAAAAAUGUCAGAUUUAAGGGACAGUGAAGAAGGCACAGUACAGCAAAUCCAGAAUCAACAAGCGCUACCUUUUAAAUUGGUUAUUCCGUAAGGCAGUUGAUAAACUAGGGUGCUUUUCUUCUAAAGAUAAAUAUAUUAAAAACAAAAUGCAAGGGGAUGAGUUCAGUUGUAGGUCUAUUCAAUCUGUGCUUUGAACCCUGGUCCUUGAGUACCCACUAACUACAGCUUUUUGUACCAAAUAUUUGUUUUAAACAUGCAUUGCUUUCCAGUGCCCAGAAGACAGCACUGACAGACAGCCUCAGGCCCUAAACUGUGUGUAGCUGCAGGGAUUCCUCUACAGCCUGUUCAUUACCAUUUGCAAUAAAAAUAUAUAAAUAAAUACAUUUAAAAAAAAACAGAAUCCUCAUAAUCGCAUAAUAAUCAAUCAAACAGAACCAGAAAGGUUAAUAUUUGUAUAAAACUGAGACUGUAGCAGAACAGUCGAAACCUGUACAGGAGGGUAGGAGGGUAUGGUGACGAUUGGUGUAAAAUGUAGCGUGACAGAAGGAUGAAACAUAAACCUGGAGCGUUGAUUGUACUUGACCAAUACUGAAAACCACUGUAUUUAAUCUACAGUGCCGUGAAAAAGAAUUUGGUUAGAUCUUUUUAUGGGUUGUAGUAGUAUAUAGAGGGAAUCUGAGAGAAAAAAUGACUCCAAAGUUUGGUGCUUCUUUCAUUUGU